AUGGCAUCUUCCUCUCCCAAGAGGGACGUCCACAACCCGCUCCUCUUUGAGGCAGCAUGGGAAGUAGCCAACAAGGUCGGUGGUAUCUACACCGUCAUCAAGACCAAGGCCCCCGUCACGCACCAGGAAUAUGGCGAACGCUAUACCCUGAUCGGCCCGCUUUCCUACAAGACAGCGCCCAUGGAGGUCGAGGCGCUCGAGCCCGAGGACCCUAUUCUCAAGGAGACGCUCGACAGCAUGCGUGAUGCUGGUGUCAAGUUUCUCUACGGACGCUGGCUCAUCGAACGUGCUCCUCGUGUUCUCCUUUUUGACACCUCGAGCAUGUACCACCGCAUGGACGAGUGGAAGGGCGAUCUCUGGAACCUCGCUGGUAUCCCCACACCGCCCAACGACCACGAGACCAACGAGACGCUCGUCUUUGGUUAUCUCGUUGCAUGGUUCCUCGGCGAGUUUUCGAGUCGUGACCGCAAGCGUGCCAUCAUUGCCCACUUCCAUGAGUGGCAGGCAGGUCUCGCCAUCCCCCUCUGCAGGAAGCGUCACAUUGACGUAACCACCAUCUUUACAACCCAUGCCACCCUCCUCGGUCGAUACCUGUGUGCAGGCAGCGUCGAUUUUUACAACAACCUCCAAUACUUUGACGUCGAUCAUGAGGCGGGUAAGCGCGGCAUCUAUCACAGAUACUGCGUCGAACGUGCUGCUGCCCACUGCGCCGACGUGUUCACCACCGUCAGCCACAUUACCGCCUACGAAUCCGAGCACCUCUUGAAACGAAAGCCAGACGGUGUUCUCCCCAACGGUCUCAACGUCGUCAAGUUCUCCGCCAUGCACGAGUUCCAGAACCUCCACGCUGUGUCCAAGGCCAAGAUCAAUGAGUUCGUCAAGGGUCACUUCUACGGACACUAUGACUUUGACUUGGACAACACGCUCUACUUUUUCACCGCCGGUCGAUACGAGUACCGAAACAAGGGUGUCGACAUGUUUAUCGAGUCGCUUGCUCGUCUCAACUACAAGCUACAAAAGAGCGGCUCCAAGACCACGGUGGUCGCCUUCAUCAUCAUGCCUGCCGCCACCAACUCGUACACCAUCGAGGCGCUCAAGGGUCAGGCCGUCACCAAGCAGUUGCGUGACACGGUCGAACAGAUCCAAGCUCGCGUGGGAGAGCGUCUGUUUGAGAAAAUGGCCCGGUAUCAGGGCGAGACCGGCUCCGAUGUCAUCGAUCCCGCGACACUGCUUUCGGAUGCGGACAAGAUUGCGCUCAAGAAGCGCAUCUUCGCCCUCAAGCGCAACUCGCUACCUCCCGUCGUGACACACAACAUGCAGGACGACGACAAUGAUCCCAUCCUCAACCAGAUUCGCCGCGUUCAGCUGUUCAACCGCACCAGCGACCGAGUCAAGGUGAUCUUCCAUCCAGAAUUCCUCAACGCAAACAACCCGAUCUUGGGUCUCGAUUACGAAGAGUUUGUGCGAGGUUGCCACUUGGGUGUCUUCCCAUCGUACUACGAGCCUUGGGGCUACACACCCGCUGAGUGCACCGUGAUGGGUGUUCCAUCGAUCACCACCAACCUGUCUGGAUUCGGCUGUUUCAUGGAGGACACGAUCGAGCGCGGCGAGGACUACGGCAUCUACAUUGUUGAUCGACGAAUGAAGAGCGUUGAAGACUCGGUCAACCAGCUCACGGACCAGAUGUUCAGUUUCAGUCAAAAGACUCGUCGACAGCGUAUCAACCAGCGAAACCGCACCGAGCGUCUGUCCGAGUUGCUCGACUGGAAGCGUUUGGGUCUGGAAUACGCCAAAGCACGACAGCUUGCGCUUCGCCGUGCCUACCCGGACUCGUUUGACGAGGAUGACACUAUCGAAAGCUACUUUGACGACAUUCACCACGAUGGCAAGAUGCCUCCACCGCUCUCGAUGCCCGGUUCGCCGCGUUUCGGAUCGGGUGCUAGAACGCCCGGCGAGUUCGGUACGCUCACGGAGGAGCUGCAGAGUCUCUCGACCUCCGACUACCGAGGGCAUCAGCAAUUCUGGAAGACCAUGAGCCAGCACGGAUCAGACGACGAGGAGGAAAAUUACCGCUACCCACUGGUCAUCAAGUCGCGUGCACGCGGAACAUCGGUUGGCAGCAUGAGUGGCGCCAGCACCCCAGGUCUGGGUGGUGGGAAGUUCCUCUCGAGCGCCGAUCUGGAUCGCGCCGAUGCCGCGCUCAGCAACCACAGCGGUGCGCCGAACGGCCACGGCUACUGA